AGGGCCGUUGGGGAGGGGCCUGGCGGAGCGCGGGCCAUGGAGCGGGGACUCGGCCUGGAGCAGCGAGCGGAGCGACUGGUGCGAAGGAGCCAGGUCCUGCUCAGGCCCCGCCCCCGUGGGCCACAGGGGGCGGAACCUCCGCUCAGCUCCGCCCCCGCAGGCCCCGCCUCUGUAGGCCCCGUCCCCGACGACCUCCUCAUCCAGUGGCGUCUGAAGCGGCGCCGUGGGGAGGAGCUUGCGCUGGACACGUGCCCAGCGGGCAGGGCGACGCAGUGGGAGGCACGUGAGCCCUCCGAGACCCCAAUCAGGGGCCGCUUCUGCACCUCCCACCGCCAGGGGGCGACCUCGUCCCGGCCCGACUCCCAGGAGUCCUUGCAGUGGGAACCAUACCUGCGGUCACGUGAUGCCACUGGAGCCCUGUGGGGGGCGCCAUGUUGGGUGUCACGUGAUCCUCAGGAUGCUCUGCUGCCAAUCAGGAGCGACGUCCAGGAUUCCCAGCAGGGGGCACCCUCACGGCAGGCACUGGUGGGGUGGGCCCCCCAUGACCUCCAGCCCCCCCAGUUUGUCCCCAGGACCCUGUCCUGCGGCUGCUGCGGUGCCACCGCCGGGCCCUACGGGAACAGCUCUGGACUGUUGAGACCCUCCUGGAGCCCACCAGGUACCCCCCCCAACCUGGGGGGGACCAAUAAAGCAAUGAAACCCCAAAGCUGCAGCUGCACGGACCCCAAAAUCCCCUCCCCCAUCUUUGGGGUCACUCCAGAUGCCCCAAGAGUGUUGGCUCAGGCGCUGUUAGGGGUCUGGGGGGCCUAUGAGGGUGUUUGGGGUGGGGUUCUGGGAGUCUGGUCAUGAAGGAGUUUUUUGGGGAGGGAUUCUGAGGGUGUUGGGGGAGGAUCUGAAGGGGGUUUGAGGGUCCCUGGGGCAUUAGCAGGGGGCUGUAACUGGCCGUGGGGUGUUUUGGGGAGCCCAGGAUGGGCUUGGGGGCCCAGGGGGUUUAUCGGGGGAAGGGCCUCACCUGGCUCCUCCACCUUCACCUUCACGGCCAACAUGGGGUGGGGGGACACCAGAACGCCCCCACCCCUGGGGGAGGGGUGAAUGAGGGGUGCCCCAAAUUGCCCCCGGAGCCCACAGAACACCCUCCCUCCCCCCCCCCCCGCUCCCUCCAAACUGCCACCUCCCAUUGGCUGCUGCGCCCGCCCAUCAACACCGCCAACCAAUCAGCACCCGAGAAUGCAUGGUUGGGGUGGUGCCUUUGGCUGAGUCACUUCACUUCCUGGACUACAACUCCUGUCAUGCGGCCCCGUUAGAGACAGGGUUGUCCCUGAGUGCCCCCCAAACAGCCCCCAAAUUCCCUCCCCUAAUGCCCAAGGGGCCCCAGGCAUCGCAGCGAUGAUGAUGAUGAUGGAGGGAAAGCCAUCCCAUCACAGCUCCAGGAACAGUUCAGCCUUUAAUUAAAACUUCAAUUAAAACUGCAAUUGCUGCUGUGGGGGGAGGAAGAGGCCCAGGUCCACAUUCCAUGGGGUCAGUCCCGAAGGAACUGUUCCAGGUCCACAUUCCACAGUCCCGAAGGAACUGCUCCAAGUCCACAUUCCAUGGGGUCAGUCCCAAAGGCACUGCUUCAGAUCUCUUUCCAUGGUCCCUUUCCUGCCAGGCACUGGCAGGCACUGGGAGCUCCUGGGCCCAUGCUGGGAGCCCAAAAGGGACACACUGGGAGCAACUGGGAUCAACUGGAAGAUACUGGAACCAUACUGGAUGUACUGGGACCACAACUGGAGCAACUAGGAUCAUAGUGAGAGCAACUGAAA